CUGGUGGCUGCACCACAUACAAGCAGAGUUCACCAAGUUAGCUUCUUCUUCAUCAUCUUCAUCGUCUUCUUCUCGACUACUCAAUCGGCUUGCCGGCCGUCCAUGGAGCUCGCCGCGAUCGCUUCCGCCUCGGCCUCGAUCUGCUCGGCGUACCGCCACCUCUCGGCCACGCCGGCCGAUGACAACGGCGACGACAACGGCGCACGGCCGCUGUCCUCAUCGGAGGAGCUCUCGAAGUCGUCGUCGUCGUCGCGGCGGAUGGCAAAGCCGGCGGAGCUCCGGCGGCGGUGCUACGCCGUGCUGAAGCAGCAGAGGACGAGGCUGUACAUCCUCCGGCGCUGCGUCUCCAUGCUCCUCUGCUGGCACGAGCACGACCUGUCGGAUUGAUCGGUCGAGGCCCGCCCUGCUCGACCCGGCCCACGGCCUGGUUCGGCCCGGCAGCAUUUUACGCUGGCCCGGGUCCUGUUUUUUUUUUCCUUUUUCUUUUUUAUUUUGUAGCAAGGACAGUGAGUGACAAGAGUCGACUUUGAUAAGGGGAUCAAACGAUGGAAUUAACCUUUUAAUUCUGAGUUAAUUGUGCAUGAGUGGAUAAUGCAAAUGUGAGGAUGCUGAGGAUAAUGAGCAGAUGCUACCUUACACA